AUGCGAUUCACGAGCGCGCGCGACGUGAACGAAUCUUCGAGCGCGUUGGAGAAAAAUAUUGAGGACACGUCUCCGUCGAUGACGUCUUCAGUGCGCGCAGAGGGGCACAGAGACGGCGGCGAUGCGAACGAAGAUGCGUGGGAAUUCGUGGGCGGGAAGAAAAAGUCAGGGAACACGCCGAGACAGAACGCAGAGUCAGCGGGGACUGGGGAGGAGGGAAAGAGACGUCGAAACGGUAGCGCACACGCGACUCGCAACGGAACGGGGGCGAGGUCGGAGAAAUCAAACGUCAGCAGGGUCGGAGGCCAGCAACUCGAACGCGGCGCGACGAACGGCGCAUCCGAACACGUCAAAACUGCACACAAUGAUGAUCAGAAGCGGCGACAACGUCAAAAACAACAACAGAGCGCUCGAUUGGAGCCAUCUGGAUGGGCUGCGAUCGUCACAGGUCGAUUGUCGCCGACGGACGUUUCCGCGGACGCGGCUGCGAUAGCGGUGACGGCGCAGACAGUGGCCGUGGAUAACGUUAUUGACUCUGUUCACGAUGUUCAAUUAUCGCCCGGGAGCGCUACUUCUAGCGAAGAUAAGUUAUCCAGGAUGGACUCGCGCGAGGUCGAGGGUUCUCAAUCACCGCAGUCGGAUCGAGAAUCGCAACUGAUCAGCGGCGCGCGGGAGAACGCUGAAGUUGUUGGAGCCGGAGCCAGAGCUUUGAAAGGCUGGGCAUCGAUUUUGGGCGGCAGUAGCGCUCCGGAGAGUCAGGUAAAAGACAACAUUAUAGAUCAGGGCAUCAAGGCAGAGGCUGUGGUCGAGACGAGCCCUAACAAGUCGGAAGACACUUCCGGGAAGGCCCCGGUGGCGCCAGCUGCGUCAACGUGGACCGGUUGGGGAGUAUCUUCCCCUCCUCCCAAGGUCGAUCUGAAGGCGACUAUGGAGGCGGAUGCAGCCGCCGCUGCGGCGGCGGAGCCGACGCAAUCGUCCGCGGUGAAGAAAGAAGUGACUAGGACUGAUGAGAAGCAUAGAAAGCAAAACGGCCGCAAGAAGAAAGACGUGAAUGGCAAGAAGGAGAACAAGUCUGCCAAGCAACGCCAAGACGGCUAUCGAAAAGACAGAGAGAAGAUCUCCAGAGUAAAAGUGACUGUGUCUAAACCGAUAUCUCCGCCGCCCGUGGAUGUGUCGAUGGAUCGCCCCAGAGCGCCGCUGUCCAGUGACGUCGAAGACGCCCUUGCCGAGAGGCUUGGACGCGAGCUCAUUGAGUGCGCUCACAUGCAGUAUUUCACGCCCACCGCGCAAUUGCUGAAGAAGGAAAGACGCGCUGUGGACGUGGUUAUUCGCGCGAUGAACGCCAUCGUGCAGACGUUGUUCCCGGCGACGGGGGUUGAGGUGUUUGGCUCGUAUCCCACUCGCGCGUGGGUGCCGGGAUCUAGCAACUUAGAUUUGUCUCUGGAGCUCCCAGAGGCGAUUAGCUCGCGCCCUGACCGAAGAAUCGAGGCUCUGCACACACUAGCGAUGGCACUCCGAACAAAUCCGUGGGUGAUGGACGUCAAUGUCGUGCCGAGCUCGUUCAGGCCUUUGAUUCGCAUGAGCACGCACACAGCUUUCUUCCAGCCGAUGCCGCAGCAACUCACCGGUAAAGCCUCCGCAGCGUUCGCUGAAGGCGUGAAAGCUAUUGUUCCGCCGUUGAGCGCGAGUUCGAUGGAUGUGAACGGUACGCCACCGUUACCAUCAGGCCCAAGACCGGGGCCUCCCCCAUACGGCGUUCCAGGACUCGGGCAAAAUGGUUUCGGACUUCCGCUCGAGGUGCACAUCUCGCUCAAGGAUGGGAGCCACAAAGGUUUAUCUGCGCUCCGAUUCGUCCAAGCGGCAGAGGAACAGCACGGCGCCCUGGCUCCUCUCGUGUGCGUGCAAAAAGCUGUGUUAGCUAGUAAAGGUUUGCGAGGAGUGUACAAGGGUGGAUUGGGAUCGUACGCCCUGACGAUGAUGGCGCUGACGUCCAUUCAACGCUCUUCUUGCCGUGGCGCCGCAUCAAGCGCAGAUGACGCAUCGAAAACCCACGACGAAGCGGGUAAGCACUCAGUGACCGAAGCGACCGAGACCCGCGACGCAAUGUACGUUGGACGGGCGAUGCUUGAUUUCCUCAAGCUGUACGGCCAUGAAGCGGACUUGUCAAAGGAUGUCAUCUCGGCUCAUACAGGUGAUGCGUCUGCGGACUGGGGCAUUCUUUCCGGGUCGUCGACACUUCCUGCAUCGCCAAGUUCCGGACUUCACGUCGAAGAUCCCCUCGAGAAGUCCAAUAACGCCGGCGCUGGAUGUUUCGGAAUCAGCGGCGUGCAAGCUCUCUUUAGAGAACAGCUCGAGGUGCUCAGAAAUGCUGCCGAUACCAAGUUUGACAGCGACGUUCCGCUUUUGAUGCAGCUCAUCAUGCUUGGUGGCGCCAAAAAAGUUUUCAUAGUCUGA